GACUUUGACAACAUCUAUCUGUACAUUACCUGAAGCCAGAAGAGAGAAAAUAAAGACAAAGAAAAUGGUUGGCACAACUUUGGGACCUCAAGAUCAGACUGAUGACACAUAUGACUUAAAUGACACUUCCUACGCAGAGUCAGAAGAAAACUCAUCAAACAUUAAAAUAUUCACGAUAUGCAUAUAUUUCGUCAUCAUAGUCAUAGGAGGCAUUGGAAACGGACUUGUCAUCUUUGUGACCGGCCACAAAAUGAAGAGGACAGUCAACUCCAUUUGGUUUCUCAACUUGGCGAUUGCAGAUUUUCUUUUUAUUAUGUUCUUGGUUUACGACCUUGUUUUGCUCUUUGAAAGUAGUUCACACGCAGCCUUGAACAAACACAUAUAUGCAUGUAGGUUUUUUGUUUUUUUACUAAAUAUGUUUGCAAGUGUAUUCUUUCUGACAGUUAUCAGUGUGGAUCGAUGUCUGUGCACAUGGUUUGUUGUUUGGGCUCAGAACAAACGAACUUUAGUCAAAGCCAAGAUCAUCAGUGUAUUUGUGUGGAUUUUAGCCAUCUGCUGCAGCAUCCCUGUUGGCAUUGCUGAUUAUGUAUUUAACAAUGAAAAUUUCAUCAAUGUCUAUAUGUCUCUGUUCACAUUCAGGUUCAUUGUUGGAUUUUUAAUUCCCUUUAUAAUCAUUGCAUCUUCAUACAUAGCUAUUGGUGUGCGAGUAAAACGUCUCAAAAUAGGAAAACAGUUUCGGCCUUACCGGAUCAUAUCUGUGAUUCUGGCUUUCUUCAUAUGCUGCUUUCCUUUCCAUUGUCUCAGUUUGUGUUUAAUAAAUGCAGUGAAGUAUAGCUGGAGUUACAGUGCUAUAAAGAAACUUAUGGCUGCAUUUUUUUUUGUAAGCUGUCUGGCUUAUCUAAACAGUUGUCUGAACCCCAUUCUCUAUGUGUUCAUGUGUGAUGAAUAUAAGAAGAAACUUAAAAAGUCUCUCCUGCUGGUGUUUGAGGCAGCUUUUACUGAAGAGCAUCUGGGUUUGAGAUCAACUCCACUUCCUCAAAACUUUCAGUGUCAGAAGGUACUACGUGUGCAGACAGAAGAAACAACCAUCUGAUCCUUUGCUGACAGCAAGAUAAUUUUUUUUAGCUUCAGUCUUUAGAUGAUUGGAGAUAUACAUUUGUAAUUUGGAGAUAAAGAUUUCUCAAAUUCUCCUCCAUGUUCCUGUGUUCAGACAAACAGAAAGUCUCACUCCAAACUUCUGCCAACAGCUCAAUUUAUCGAUCAAGAGGAAGUGAAGAAUCAAUCUACAAAUCUCUUACUUAGUUAACUCACUCACUGAAUGUUU